AUGUUUUCACGCAGUGUACGCCUUAUUCAAUCAUCCAGUCGUCCUCUUUUACGACGAGCAGCUGAUAAGCAAGAUGCCAAUGUCAAGAUGCGCACAGGACCCAACUACGCCCCUAUUUGUGCUGCCAUCUUGGGUGUAGGUGGUGUUUACUGGUUUUGGAGCAAGAAAGAAGCUGAAAAAGCAUCCGACAAGGUGCUUGAAAAGGAUAGUCUCAAGACCAAUCGUGUCACUGAAAACCCUGGAGGAGGAGGAUCCAAGAUUUAA